AUGCUGACAUGUGAGAUAUGCUGUGAGGAAAUAAUGUUAGAGGAGGACCUGAAGACACAUCUACUCCUUACCCAUCUGGAAAAUGAUAUGCAGUGUCCACUGUGCCCUUUGUCUGGAGUGACAUAUGAUGAACUUUGCUUUCAUAUCAGCUCUGCUCAUCCAGACGAACAGGACGAAGCCCAAAAUUCAUCUCAUUGCAUUCCUAGCUGUCCUUCUUCAACUGCCACUAGUUUUACAGAGUUUGAUGACCCCCAACCUACAGGCAGCUAUAGUGCAGAUUCAGAAGCAAAACCCUGUGGAUCAUCUAGUGACUCAUUGCUACCUCAACACAGUGAUGAUGGCAUUUUGACAUCUGAAGGGAAUGUAGCUGUCUCGUCAGCACCUUUAAAACGGCGAAAAAAGCUUGGUUUGUCAAAGAGCAUUCCUGCUCUGGAAAAUGAUGGAUCCGAGCAGAAAAUGGCCAAACAGAAGCGCAAAGCUACUCCAAAGGAUGGGCUAUUUUCUUGCCCCAUUUGUCCACUAGUAUUCAGCAGCUGCAACUUUCUGCAGGAGCAUGUUGAAUUACAUCUGCAGGAACAAAAUACUCAAGGAGAGGAAAAAUUUGAGUGCCCCAUGUGUCCGGUUUUUUGUAUCGACAGCACCUCUCUGCAGGAGCAUGUAGAACAGCAUUUAGACAAUGAAGCAGGUUGGUUUUUUACUUUUGCUGUAGGCUGCUCGGAUACAGAUGGAAAACUGGCAUGGACACUUCAACAGCAAAUGGAGAUGAAUAGGAGGGAGGAGGAGAACCAACUGGAGAAGAAGCAGUUUCAGAAGUUGCAGAAACAGUUUGGCCUGGAUGGCAGUGGUGGCUAUUGCAAACAGAUGGAGAAGACCAUGGCGAGAGAUGUGGCCAGGGGGGCCAUGGACAUCGCAGAGUAUUACUCUAAAAGGGUAGAGAUGAUGGAAUCUCUUGCUUCAGGAGUUGAUGACGGGAGGACAAGAACUCAGGGUGUCAUUGGAGCUCUAUGCCAGUACUAUAACACUGAGUGCAGAGACUGCGCGCACGUGUGGCUGAGCGCUGACACUGAUCACUACUGCUCCUCUCCAGGAGACAAAGGCUGGGGGUGCGGUUACCGAAACUUCCAGAUGCUGCUCUCUUCUCUUUACAAACUAGAUCCAUAUGCUUCCUCUUUACAAGCAGUGCCAAGUAUCCCAAAAGUGCAGAGUAUGAUUGAGGAUGCAUGGAACUCAGGACUGGAUCCUCAAGGUGCAUCCCACUUUAACCAUCAUCUACAGGGAACUCGAGCCUGGAUUGGUGCCACAGAGAUCUAUGUCCUGCUUACUUCUCUAGGAAUUAGUGGCCGCAUCAUUGACUUUCACCAGCCAACAGGCCCAGGAGGCACCCAUCCCCUGCUCUUUGAUUGGGUCAAACAAUACUUCAGUCAGACCAGCAGUAGCAGAUUACCACCUAGACUCAUCCAGACCUCCCUCCCGCCGCUUUACCUGCAGCAUCAAGGGCAUAGCCGCUCCAUAGUGGGUUUGGAGCAGCGAAAGAAUGGAAACAUGUGCCUUCUUCUUUUGGAUCCUGUUUCUUCAUCAUCAGAUAUCUUGAUGUUAAUGAGUAAAGACACCGCGUCAAUAGCCAUCCGGCAUUUCCGAAAAAUGCCUGGCAGCCUUAAACAUAAACAGUACCAGAUAGUGGGAGCAGAGGGCGUGUUGUCUGCUGAGGAGAAACAGAGCCGUAUCUUGAACUCAAGGACUCUGUGUGCUGAAAGGAUUCCAUGA